AUGGCUUCCACGCUCCCCAUCCUCUGUCUGCUAGUUCUCGUCCUUGUCCAGUUCCAGUCCACACAUUCAGUCAUCAUUCCAGAGCACAAGAACUCCAUUGUCGAGCACAAGCCUCAUCCUUCUCCUUCCACAUCGAACUCGCAUGGCACCUACAUCGUCCAAACCAACCACCUGGCCAAGCCAUCAGAGUUCGCCACCCUCGAUCACUGGUACACGUCCAUGGUGGACAGAAGCUCCAGCCGCAUCCUCUACACCUACGGCACUGUGAUGCACGGUUUCGCCGUCCGCCUCACCGAGGGCGAGGCCCGGCGCAUGUCGGCCGUCCCCGGCGUGACCCGUGUGUACAAGGACAGGAUGUACCAAAUCCAGACCACGAGGUCGCCCUGGUUCAUGGGCCUCCACGACGACUUCGGCGCGUGGCCAGACUCGGAGUUCGGCGACGGCAUCAUCAUCGGCAUCAUCGACACCGGCAUCUGGCCGGAGCGCGCCAGCUUCAGCGACACCGGCCUCGGCCCUGUCCGUCCCACCUGGAGGGGCAAGUGCGAGGACGCCGAGGGGUUCAAUGCCACCUUACUCUGCAACAACAAGCUGGUCGGCGCCAAGUGCUUCACCGGCAACCUACCGGUCCCGGAGUACAACGACCCGAGCCCGAGGGACUUCAUGGGGCAUGGAUCGCACGUGGCCUCGACGGCUGCCGGCGCCGAGGUUCCCUGGGCCGACCUGUACGGCUUCUCGGGCGGGAGGGCGAGCGGCGUGGCGCGCAAUGCGAGGAUCGCCAUGUACAAGGCGUGUGUCCCACUCCCAGGGGGGUGCCCUGGCUCGGCGACCAUCAAGGCGAUCGACGCCGCUGUGAGCGACGGCGUGGACCUCAUAUCCAUCUCCAUCGGGGUCGAGCCGGGCACGCCCUUCUACGAUGACCCCAUCGCCGUCGCUACCUUCGGCGCCGAGCGCAGGGGCGUGUUGGUCGUCGUCGCCGGUGGCAACGACGGCCCCGAGGCGUCUUCCGUGUCCAACGCCGCGCCGUGGGUGACCACCGUCGGUGCCGCCACCACGGACCGGGUGUUCCCGGCCAAGCUCAUGCUCGGCAACGGCGUGGCGCUGACGGGCCAGUCCCUGUACACCGAGAAGUCCAAGGGCACGAGCAUGGUCGGGCUCGUGUACAGCUCCUGCAUCGAGAAUGACCUGACGCCCGACAAGGUGACGGGCAAGGUGGUGGUGUGCGCGUGGAUGGAAGGAGACGAGACCGGCUUUUACGUGGAGAGAGCCGGCGGAGCCGGGAUGGUGUCCGCGAUGGGCAUGGAACGGCUCCAUGACGCCGUCAAUGCUCCGGCGUUCACGCUCCCCGGCGUCAUGAUCAGCGACACCGCGGCCAAUAAGCUGGACGCCUACAUGUCAUCGUCGCCGUACCCGGUGGUGUCGUUCGCCUUCGCCUGCGAGACCGUGACCGGCGAGAACCGGGCGCCUAUGGUGGCGGGGUUCUCGUCGCGAGGCCCCAGCGUGGUGGCCCCGGAGAUCCUGAAGCCGGACGUGGUCGCGCCGGGCGUGAACAUCCUGGCCGCAUGGUCGGGGGCCGUGCCGCCGUCGGGCUCCAAGAAGAUUAUUGACCCGCGGCGCGUCGAGUACAACAUCCUCUCCGGGACGUCCAUGGCCACUCCGCACGUCGCCGGCGCCGCGGCGCUGAUCAAGAAAGUGCACGGCGACUGGACGCCGGCCAUGGUGCGGUCGGCGCUGGUGACGACCGCCGGCCCACUGGACAAGAACGGCAGGGAGAUGUUCGACAGCGGCACCUUGAUGGACGCGACGCCGCUGGCUGCCGGGGCGGGGCUCGUCCUCCCGAGGCUCGCCAUGGACCCGGGCAUGGUGUACGACGCCGGUAUGCAGGAGUAUGUGGACUUCCUCUGCACCCUCAACUACACGGCGGAGCAGAUGCGGCAGUUCGUGCCGGAGAUGAGUUCAGCAGCUGGGUGCGGCGCACGGACGAUCGCGGGCGGCAUGGCCAACCUCAACUACCCGUCGUUCGUGGUGGUGUUCGACAGGAGCAACGGCGGCGGCGUCCGCAGGCUGACAAGGACGGUGACCAAGGUGUCGGCGCAGCCGGAGACGUACAACGUGACGUUCGCGGCGCCGGGGGGCGUGAAGGUGACCGUGACGCCGGAGACGCUGGAGUUCAAGAGGGAGAACGAGAAGCGAACCUACACGGUGGAGUUUAGCCUCCAGUCGCAAGGAAUGGUGAGGCCGGCCGGAACAUGGGACUUCGGCCACAUUUCGUGGGAGAACAGGAAGCACCGGGUGAGGAGCCCCGUUGCCUUCAACUGGAAGAUCUGA